CUCCGCUUCCAGCGCUGUGUUAACGUUCCGAGAGCGGGCGGCAAGCAAGGGUACGGACACGAAGGCCGCUUGUGCCAGACGUCUUUCUUGCACUGCAGCGUGAAGUUCCCUUCCUUCGAACGUAAUACGCCAACCUUUUAUUCGCAGAAGCGAUGAAGUUUCUACUCGUCCAGAUGAUUCUGAGCUGUUUGGCUCUUUCGGCUGCUGCCCAGAUACAAUUGUGCCCUCAUCAGCAAAGCCUAUCAGAGGAACUUCGAAACUGUCACGGCAGAGAGCUCAGCAACAAUGAAGCGUUCAACACGCUGUCGGAGUUCAGCAAGAGAUACGAGGAGUAUUGCGCCCAUAAGAUGGCACCGGGGACCUCGACCGCGGAGCUAUUCGCACAGCGAUGUGCGGACAAGAACUUCAACAGCUUGUUUUACAGGUGCUGGGCGGACAUGCUAAGUGCGGACGACUCAUUGAAUUCGGCGGGAGUCGACAGUAAUCACUUAGCUGUAUUCAAGAAGUCAAUAGAUUGCCAAUUUCACGUCUUGGAUAUAGAAGCCUAGUCAGUGCAUUUUCUCCCACACAGAAAAGGGUGAAAUGGUUUGGUCACCUGCUAAACUUCGUGAUAUUUUUUGUCAGUGGAACUUUCAAUAAAGGCUCUGUUGCACUUUUUUGUCAAGUCUUUACAGACUAACAUGUCUGUUCAAGUGCCGUAAAAAAGAAAAUUUGUUUUGGCAA